GGCCCCGCACCGGCCAUGGCCGCCUCCAUCUUCGCCGCCGUCCCGCGCGCCCCCCCGGUCGCCGUGUUCAAGCUGACGGCGGAUUUCCGGGAGGACGCCGACUCGCGGAAGGUCAACCUCGGCGUGGGCGCUUACCGCACGGACGAGGGGCAGCCGUGGGUGCUGCCGGUGGUGCGGAAGGUGGAGCAGAUGAUCGCCGGCGACGGGAAGCUGAACCACGAGUACCUGCCCAUCCUCGGGCUGCCCGAGUUCCGCGCCAACGCCUCCCGCAUCGCCCUGGGCGACGACAGCCCCGCCAUCAAGGAGAACCGGAUCGGCAGCGUGCAGUCCCUGGGCGGGACGGGCGCCCUGCGCAUCGGCGCGGAGUUCCUGCGGCGGUGGUACAACGGCACCAACAACACGGCCACCCCGGUCUACGUCUCCUCGCCAACCUGGGAGAACCACAACUCUGUGUUUCUGGAUGCUGGCUUUAAAGACAUCAGAACCUACCACUACUGGGAUGCCGCCAAGAGGGGCCUGGACCUCCAGGGGCUGCUGGAUGACAUGGAGAAAGCUCCGGAGUUCUCCAUCUUCAUCCUCCACGCCUGCGCGCACAACCCGACGGGCACAGACCCUACUCCAGACCAGUGGAAGCAGAUUGCUGCCGUUAUGAAGCGCCGGUUCCUGUUUCCGUUCUUCGACUCGGCGUACCAAGGUUUUGCCUCUGGCAGCCUGGACAAGGAUGCCUGGGCUGUGCGAUACUUUGUCUCCGAGGGCUUUGAGCUCUUCUGUGCACAGUCGUUUUCCAAGAACUUUGGUCUCUACAAUGAACGUGUGGGGAACCUGACCGUGGUGGGGAAAGAUGCGGACAACAUGCAGCGCGUGCUUUCCCAGAUGGAGAAGAUCGUGCGCACCACCUGGUCCAACCCUCCCUCCCAGGGAGCGCGCAUCGUGGCGACUACGCUUACGUCCCCGCAGCUCUUUGACGAGUGGAAGGACAACGUGAAGACGAUGGCAGAUCGGGUCUUGCUGAUGCGCUCAGAGCUCCGGUCUCGCCUGGAGGCCCUGGGGACCCCGGGCACCUGGAACCACAUCACGGACCAGAUCGGCAUGUUCAGCUUCACGGGGUUGAACCCUAAGCAGGUGGAGUACAUGAUCAAGGAAAAACACAUCUACCUGAUGGCUAGCGGGCGUAUCAACAUGUGUGGCCUGACUACCAAGAACCUGGACUAUGUGGCCAAGUCCAUCCAUGAAGCUGUCACAAAAAUCCAAUGAAGCACAGGAACAACCAAACUUACAUGAAGUCACCAAAGCUGUAGUGUGUAGUCUGUAUUUCCGUGCUCAUAGCUUGCCUUGUCCACACCUCUUGGGGUUUAAUAAAGAUGGGAGCAGUAGCUCCAUCAGGGAUAAUCAUGACUUUUUUUUUUUUUUUUCUGAAAUACUCCUUGCAAUAUGGUAAGCCAGUGCGCCGGGAGGUGAGGGCAGCAUGAGCUGCCUUGGCUCUUGUUUGACUGACAGUAGCCUGGUCUUCAGGCACUUAGAGCUGCAUCUUUAGCACAUCCAAAUCAACUCCAUGUAACUGAUUGUUUUGAUCUAGGCUAAGGCCAGUACCAGUGCAAUGCGCUAUGGGAUAACAGCCCAAACAGUUGGGCUCAUACGGGUUGUGAAUUAAUGUUACUCAAUAGUAUUUUGUGGAGAGGCAAGGCCGUUGCUGGCUUCCUCCUACCAAUUUCUGAGCCUUAUGCGAGCAAACAUUCAUAAUUGUGAUAACUGCUUUGUGUUGCUGACAGAAAAUUAAACCUUCAUCUCUGAACACUA